GUUCUAUCUUUGCUGUACAUCAGAUCUUCAACAAGAUGAUGAAGUUUGUUGUCCUUGCCCUCCUCGUGGCUGUUGUGUCGGCUACUUACUACAAGCCAACAGCAUACAGACGCGGGUACCGUGGCUACGUAGGGGCCUACGCGGAUGGAUACAAGGGUAACUAUGGUUACGGCAGAUAUAGCGGCUAUGGGUAUAACUACCGUGGAGAUGGUUACCGUGGCGUCUACCGUGGAGACGGGUUUAAAGAUGGAUACUUCCCAGGUGAUGCCGGCUACUAUGAUGCCGAUGGUUACGGCAAAGAUUACAGAAAUUCCGGCUACGACAGCAAAGGCAAAUACUACCCAUACUAAGUACUUGCGUUACUUCAAAGCAUCUUGACGAGAACAUUGCAACAUCGUCUUCAUCGAUAAAGUCAUCAUAGCAGUAGGGCAUUCAAGUCCACAGCCAUCAAGAUUUGGCUUUACCGACACCACAGAAAUAAUAGAAAGUUUUUUGUGCGUUGAAAAUGGACCCUUUGGAAUCCAAGUUCGUACUGAUUGCUCAUUAAUGUGAAAUGAUCGUCAUUGAUGUAAUAAAAUUUAUAAACAGU